AUGGGCGUCGGCAGCUCUACCGAGCAGCGCCCGGAGCAGCCAGAGGCGGAGAGCGCGCCGCCGGCCGAGCCCGCGCCCAGCACCGGAGACUCUUUGGAGGAGGCGGCGCCCAGCGCGCUGGGGGACCCCGCUGUCGCCGUCGCAGACACCGCCACAAAGCCAGCACAGCAGCUGGCACCCAUUCCUCGGACCUCUGCCGGCAGCUCCAGCAGCAGCAGCAGUGACAAUGAGGACAACCGGAAGCAGGCUCCCAUAAGCACUGGCACCGACUGCGGGCUACUGAGUACUGGCCUCAGAACCCAGGACGAUGUGCCCCAAACCUUCUCCUCAGGACGCUUCGUCUAUCGGGACUUGCGAGGGGGCCCCAAGGCGCAUGUUGUUUCUGGCCUUGUUGGACAGAGGGAGUCUGAAGAUGUGAGUGAAAAGGACUCAGCUAAAGAGAUGACUGCUAAAUCAGCAACUGUUCAAGACAUCACAGAGGACAAGCAGGAGGAAACACCGGAAAUAAUUGAGCAGAUUCCUUCUUCAGAAAGUAAUUUAGAAGAGUUAACACAACCUACUGAGUCUCAGUCUAAUGAUGUUGGAUUUAAGAAGGUAUUUAAGUUUGUUGGCUUUAAAUUCACUGUGAAAAAGGAUAAGUCCGAGAAGUCUGAAAAUGUCCAACUACUCACUGUCAAAAAAGAUGAAGCUGAAGGAGCAGGAGGCUCAAAUGGAGCUGGUGAUCACCAGGAGUCCAGCUUGGAGGCUGGAGAAGAAGUUCCCAAAGAAAGUGAACUGAAACAGUCUACAGAGAAACCUGAAGAAACAGUUAAAAGUGAGCAAGGCAAUGAUGAAAUCACUCUCAAGGCUGAGUCUGAACAAGCAUUGGAGGAAGUCAAGGAAGAAGGAGAAGAAAAACGAGAAAAAGAACCUAGCAAAUCUCCAGAAUCUCCAGCCAGUCCAGUGACCAACGAGACGGCAUCACCCUUCAAAAAAUUCUUCACUCAAGGUUGGGCGGGCUGGAGGAAAAAGACCAGUUUCAGGAAGCCAAAGGAGGAUGAACUGGAAGCUACCGAGAAGAAAAAGGAACAAGAGCCAGAAAAAGUAGAUGCAGAAGAAAAUGGAAAGACAGAGGAUACCUCUGAGAAACCAAGUGCUUCUGAACAACCAGACCCACAGGAGAGUAGAGAAAGGGUUAAUGAUGCCAGGCUUUCAGCUGAAUAUGAAAAAAUAGAGCUGCCCUGUGAAGACCAAGUUAAUGACUUGCAGGCACCUUCUGAAGAGAGAGUUGCUCCUUUAGCAACUGAAGUAUUUGAUGAAAAAGUAGAGAUUGUUGCAGAGGUCCAUGUCAGUACUGAGGAGACGACAAUAGAGGAGCAGAAAGCUGAGGUAGAAGACGCAGCAGAGUCCUUGCCACCUGAGAAAUCUGGUGAAACAAAUGCUGAACCGCAGGAAGCUGAGCCUGUGGAGGAACUGGUAAAGACCGAAGAAGUACGUGCUCCUGGAGAGGACCAUACCCAGCUCACUGAACUAAGUCCUGAAGAAAAAGUGUCCCCUAAACACCCAGAAGGCAUUGUGAGUGAAGUGGAAGUGCUGUCAGCACAAGAGAGAACUAAGGUGCAAGGAAGCCCUUUAAAGAAACUUUUUACUAGUACUGGCUUAAAAAAGCUCUCUGGAAAGAAACAGAAAGGGAGGAGAGGAGGAGGAGAGGAAGAGUCAGGGGAACACAGUCAAGUUCCCCCAGAGUCUCCAGAUAGUACAGAUGAACAGAAGGGUGACAGUUCUGCUUCCUCCCCUGAAGAGCCUGAGGACAUUACCUGUCUAGAGAAAGGAGUAGCAGAUGUACAACAGGAUGGGGAAGUUGAAGAAGGUAUUACUUCUGAUGGAGAGAAAAAAAGAGAAGGUGUUACUCCCUGGGCAUCUUUCAAAAAGAUGGUAACACCCAAGAAACGUGUUAGAAGGCCUUCUGAAAGUGAUAAAGAAGAUGAGUUGGACAAGGCAAAGAGUGCUACCUUGUCUUCCACUGAGAGUGCGGCCUCUGAAAUGCAAGAGGAGAUCAAAGGAAAUGGAGAGGAGCAAAAGUUGGAAGAACCAAAGCGCAAGGUCGACACUUCCGUAUCUUGGGAAGCUUUAAUCUGUGUAGGAUCCUCCAAGAAGAGAGCAAGAAAAGCAUCAUCUUCUGAUGAAGAAGGGGGGCCAAAAACAGUGGGAGGAGACAGCCAAAAAACAGAAGAAGCAGGAAGAGACAAAGAAACAGGGAUGGACUGUGUCCCUGCUAAUUCCCAAGAACAUGAUCAAGUACAGGGAAGUUCUUCACCUGAACAAGCUGGAAGCCCAUCUGAAGGUGAGGGAGUUUCCACCUGGGAGUCAUUUAAAAGAUUAGUCACUGCAAGAAAAAAAUCAAAGUCAAAACUGGAAGAGAAAAGUGAAGAUUCUGUUACUGGGUCUGGUAUAGAGCACUCAGCUUCAGACAUUGAACCCGGGAAGGAAGAGUCUUGGGUUUCAAUUAAGAAAUUUAUUCCUGGACGAAGGAAGAAACGAUUAGAUGGGAAACAAGAACAAGCCACUGUUGAGGAUACAGGCCCAACAGAAGUCAAUGAAGAUGAUUCUGAUGUCCCAGCUGUGGUCCCUCUGUCUGAGUACGAUGCUGUAGAACGGGAGAAAAUCGAAGCACAGCAGGCUCUGGAAUACGAAGAGAAACCUGAGCAAAAGGUGGCUGUGUACGUGUCAGAGGAGCUCAGUAAGAGCCUGGUUCAUACGGUGACCGUGACUGUUGUUGACGGGACAAGGGCAGUCACCAGUAUUGAAGAGAGGUCUCCUUCUUGGAUAUCUGCAUCAGUGACAGAACCUCUUGAACAAGCAGAGGAUGAAGCUAAACCAACUGAUGAGGCACUUGAAGGAGAAGUUACUGCUGAAGAAGUUCCUGUUGUUACCAAAACUUUGCCAGAGAGCAAAGAUGCCAGUGAUGACAUGACUGCUGGUGAGGUGGAAUUAACUUCUGAAGUAGUCACAGCUGUAGAAACAACAGAGGCAUUUUGUGCUGAAGAAGUGACAGAAGCAUCUGGUGCUGAAGAGACCACAGAAAUGAUUUCAGCAGUUUCCCAGUUAACUGACUCGCCGGACACUACAGAGGAAGCCACACCAGUUCAGGAGGUGGAAGGUGAUGUGCCGGACUUAGCAGGUCUAGAGAGACGAACUCAAGAGGUCCUGCAGGCGGUGGCAGAAAAAGUUAAGGAAGAAUCACAGCUGUCUGACUCCAGUGGGCCAGAAGACACAACUCAGGCCACCCAGAAGGUGGAAUCGAAAAUACCAGGGAAGGUGGAAGAAGCACAGGAGGAUUCUAAAGUGCUAGAUCUGAAGAAAGAGUUGGACACUGUGUUGAAAGAAGAUGAACAAGAAACUGAAACUGAGGAUCUGGUACAAGGGAAGGCAACUGUACAGACCCCUCCAGAAAGCUCUGAAAAAGUGCCUCAAGUCCCAGAGAGUGUAGAAUCCAGCGGUUUUGUAAGUACUUCACCAGCGGAAACUUUAGUUGGGGUCAAAUCCCAAGAGAUUACGACAGAACAGGCUGUUGCUCAUGACUCAGUUGAAACCUUCACAGACAAUGAGACCAAUGGAAGCACUCCAGUAGGUGACUUUGAAACUCUGGAUACAGCACAGCAAGACAAGAUCAAGGAGAUCCAUGAAGAUGGUGAGGGUGCACCUUGCAUACAGUCAGAGCUCACAGAAGCAGAGGCAGUUCCUGCACAGGAAGAGAUGUCUCCCUUGCCUUCUAGUUUUCAAUCCCAGGAAGAAAGUAGAGAACAAUCAAAAAUGGAGGAAGUUCUAGAACAUACGGAUAAAGAGGUAGCAGUGGAAGCUGUACCCGUUCUUUCCAAGACUGAAGUGAUUCAAGAGAUCGAUCAAUUUGCUGAUGAGAAAACCAAAGACAUAUCCUUUGCUGAAGGGCUUGAAGUGUCAACAGACACAGAAACGACUGUCAGUCAGAAACAGAUAACAGAAGUUGUCCUUGAAGAUGAAGUUACUGAAGAAGCUGACUUUCACAAGAAUGCUGCUUCUUAUGAUGAUAUUGAGCUCCGGAGCCACAGUGAGUCUCUUCCAACCCCAGUGGACAGAGAAAUGGUAGUCCCAGUAGAAAGGGAGAAGACUGAGUCACAGCCAACCCAAGUAAGUGAAGAGAAACUGGAGCAAAAAACGGUUGUAACCAGAUCGGAAGAGCUCAGUAAGCAAGCAGCUCAGACAGUUAAUGUGACUGUUGCAGAAGGGGAAAACGAAGUUACCAGUUUUGAAGAAAGCACUCCUCCUUGCCUCGUUCAAGAAGAGGCAGUAUCCACAGAAGUUCAGGUUCAAAGCUCUGACACAUCAUUAACUCUAACAGUUGCAACCAUAGAGGAAAAGGUCGUAGGAGAAACUAUCAAGAUGUUAGAAACAGGAACUAGAAGUUUGGAGUCUGCAGAGGCACACUUGGUACCUGAAGAAAAGCCCGCUGACAAAGAUGAAGUGUUGACUGCUCAGUCAGAGGAAGAUGCAGGGCUCACAGGGACUGUGUCUCAGGCACCGUCACCACCAGUCAGAGGGUCUGCUUCUCCUGAGGAUGCAGCAAGUCCUGACCUGGAAGGGGAGAAGACCACAUCACAGAAAUGGAAGCCAGAUGAAGGCCAUGAAGAGGUCGGUUGUCAGGAAGGCAAAGAGAGCAUGACACGAGAGGAGGAUUCCAAGGCUGAACAGGAAGUUUUGGAAAUUGAGAGUGAGAGCAGUAAACUGGUGCAAAACGUAGUGCAGACCGCUGUUGACCAGUUAGUGAGUACUGAAGCAGCCACCGCUGAAGUGUUUACAUCUGACUUAAAGGCACAGACUCAAGUGACCCAAGCUGACAACCAGGAGACUGGACAGGAAACCGAGAAAGAAGAAAGUGGACACCAGGCCUCUGUCCAGGAUGACACACAAAGUAUUGCAACCAAAGAAGACUCAGAGGCGGCCACUGUGGAACCCACACACCCUGAUGUUUCCACAGAUGUGAGUGAAGGCUCAGAAAAGCUUAUAGCUGUUGAGACAGAAAGCUCCAGUGUAAAUGACCAGCAGCCGCUUGAAGCGAUCAUUCACCCAUCAGAGGAGAAGAGAGAUGCAGUUGGAACGAAGCCUGUACCGGAAGAUCAGGAUAAUGCCGUGUUGGGAGAAAGAAUCGACAAGUCACCCUUUGAGUCCAAAGGGGCUGAGAAAGGAGAUGCUGCUGGUUGCCCAGAGAACCAGAACUCAGCCCUGGAAGAUACUGACGCCUCAGGAGACUUGACCAAAGAGUCCCCAGAUACAAAUGGACCAAAACUGAAAAAGAAGGACGACAUCCAAGCAGUAGAAAGAAAAGUGCAUAGUGAGUCAGAGAAAGAGCUCAGAACACAACCACAGGAGGACAUACACAAACAAGAGAGAAAGUCGGCAAAGUUGGAACUUACAGAAUCUGCAGAUAGUGCGUAA